AUGAUGUCCGGGCCGCCGAGGGCGAAGCCGAUGCAUUUAUCUGAACCGGAAGCUCGAACUGUGCUCGGGCCAGCAGGAAACAAAGCCCGAUCUAUAGAAUUUCGCAAGCCGAUUCUGAAGCCGAAGAGUGAAAAGACGGGCGUUGAUGAGAGCAAGGGGAAGGAUUCCCCUGCCGCAUUGCAGUCGCCGGAGAUGGCUUCGGAUAAUUUAUCAACGGUGGUGGGUUUGAGGAAGAAAGGGAGUUCCGGCAUCUCGACUCUAAAUCAACGGAAACUGAAGUUGUCGAUGAGUGCUUCGUGCUCGUCAGAUGCUUCAUCUGAUUCUUCUCACAGCAGGUCAUCUACUGGGAAAAUUAGUUGGAAGGGUAAGUUCCAAACGCCACCUGUAAAGAAAAAGCAGCAGUGCAGCUCUGAAAUCGAGAAAAAUGAGAAUAAGGAGGAAAAUGAGAAUAAUGUUGGGGCUGAAAGACAGGGUGCUGUGGUUAUAAAAAGGUGUGCUUGGGUGACUCCGAAUACUGAUCCAUCAUAUGUGGCUUUCCAUGACGAAGAAUGGGGUCUUCCUGUUCAUGAUGACAAGAAACUUUUCGAACUGCUGACCUUUUCCACUGCUUUGGCCGAACUAGCAUGGCCUGCCAUUCUGAGUAAAAGGCAUCUCUUUAGAGAUGUCUUUCUGGACUUUGAUCCAGUUGCUGUGUCAAAAUUAAAUGACAAGAAAAUUGCAACAACAGGAAGUCCUGCCAGCUCUCUUCUGUCAGAAGUAAAGUUGCGGGCUGUAAUUGAGAAUGCACGUCAAAUUUGUAAGAUCAUAAAUGAGGUUGGGUCUUUCGAUAAAUACAUUUGGGGGUUUGUGAACUACAAGCCUAUCGUCAAUAAUUUUCGGUACCCUCGCCAAGUUCCAAUUAAAACAUCAAAGGCAGAUACAAUAAGCAAAGAUCUCGUUAAAAGAGGAUUUCGAGGAGUUGGGCCCACAGUCGUCUACUCAUUCAUGCAAGUCGCUGGAAUCACAAAUGACCACCUUAUCAGUUGUUUCAGAUAUCAAGAUUGCAUAAUUGCAUGUGAUAGAAGGGGGAAAAGUGAGGGCAUUACUUCCAAGAAUGACGAGAAACUUUCCGGAGAUAUUAUCAAGUUGGAAUUGAUUAGCAAUAUUGAUGAUAUAAAUUGUCCAGGUAGUUAA